GAAGAAAUAAAACUUGAAUUGGUUAGUCAUCGACUCAUCGUAAUAAUAAAUGAAAAUCUAGAAAUAAGGAAAAUUUAAAAUAAUAAAAGCAAAAAAGGAAGAAAAUAGAGGAAUGAAUGAAAUAUGAUAUGAUAGUGUUUUAGGAUAUUUAAGUAUCAAAAUCAUCGAACCACUCUAUCCACGAAGCUUCGUGGAAGCUGCCAUGGCUUCUCUCUUUCUCUCCCCAUUUAAUACCUUCCUUCCUCGCUCUUUCCUCUCACACCAACAAGAUACUCAACAACAACAUCUCCUCCUCCUUUUAUCUUCUUCUCCGACAUGAAGCUCGCCGCUAGCCUCAAGCGUGUGUUCCGCUCCAAGUCCAAAGGUUCUGUCUCAAGAUCCGAACCGUCUUCCUUCAGCUCCGCCGCUUCUUCCUCCUCCUCCGACGGUGGCUCCUACGGUAACCUCAAGCCAGGCCCCGCCGCUACACCCGUCAGUGUUCUCCCGCAAAGCUCCGGUGAUUUCUACUCCGAGCUGGUCGAAGCGUUUAAGUUGAUAGACCGAGACGACGACGGUGUGGUUUCAAGAAAAGAACUCGCGGCGCUUCUUAGCAGGCUCAGCCCUGAACCGCCGAGUCAAGAAGAGGUGAGUAUGAUGCUCAGAGAAGUAGACGCUGACGGCUGUAUCAGCCUCGAGGAGCUUGCUAGCCGCGUGGCUGGUUCAACCUCGGGGGAAGGGUGUGUAGAGACGGAGGAGAUGAGAGAGGUGUUUGAGUUUUUCGACGCGGACCGCGACGGGAGAAUCUCGGCGGAGGAGUUGCAUAGAGUUUUUGGAGUUAUCGGAGACGAGCGUUGCACGUUAGAGGACUGUGUGCGUAUGAUAGCGACUGUUGAUAGGAACGGUGAUGGUUUUGUUCGGUUCGAUGACUUUUGCCGCAUGAUGGAGCUUCAGGCUCCAGCGAUGAAUGAUCAUCAUUGAGUCAUGUUGUAUGAUUGAAAUGAUAAUGACAUCGUGCCAUGCUCUCUCUCUCUCUUUUUCUUUUUGCCUUAAUAUUACUUGUAAUUUCUAUUUUGCGGUGGGUUUUAAUUUCGUGACGGAAAGCAAGUUAACCGUCGGUUUCUCUAAAAUUUUACUCAUGCACAUGUGUCACUCUCCGGUUGGAUUAAAAAAGUUUACUUAUCAUAUACCA